AUGGCGAACCUUGUUGUUUUGGCUUUUGCCGCUGUGCUUUUGUUUAUUUUCUGUCGAAUCUUAAAUCUGAUAGAUUCUCCUCGUGUACCCAAACUUUUCGCUCCUAAAAGUGCAUUUAUAAAUGAAGUUUUGCUGUCAUGUCCGAUCCUCUUUGAAAGGUAAGGUAAAAUGCUUACAAAAGCGAUCGCAAUAUUGCAGUAAGCUUGAGCUCACUACCAAUUUGUAUUUAUUAAAUUUCAAUGAAAUAACCUUAAUAGUCGUAGCGAGUUAACUUAUUAUCAAUCGCAAAGCAAAAUUGUUUUUGGAAAACUGGAAUAUAUAUAAGACGGUUUAGACACCUUGUCAUACCUUGAGCCCUUCAAGACCCCGGGGUCUUAGAGGGUGGGGGUUGGUACUACUCCUCAGUUAACCAGGCAAUAGGUAAAAGAAACCUUAGCCCUAAUCUAUAACAUAAAAUUAUUCUUUCUGGAUAAUGUGUUUAUACGAGUUCUCAUUUAUUUUAAAAAAUGAAAUUUGUUUGGGCCACUUUUUGUCAGUGAAAGUGUGAGAUCAGACUAUAACUUAUGUUUGCGCUGAAAUUUUUCCAGAUAUCAACCACCUGUUCUCUGGGGUAAAAAUGGACACUUGCAGACCCUUAUGUCAGCAUUGUUUGGUCGCAAAUCAUGUCCGAUACUGACUGGAACUUUACACCGAACACAACUGGCAGAUAGAACCAUUGUUACCUAUGAGAUUUUUGAACCUGACAUGAGUCCAUCAUCAGUCAGCAACUUGGUCUGUGUCUUACUUCAUGUAUUGUUUUUAUAUUUAAAAAUGGACUUAACUUUAACUUUACAAUCUAUACCCGCCAAUCGAUACCUGCCAUCUUUGCACGUAUUCUAUAAUCCGUGGGAUAAAAGCAAUGUCGUGUGGUAUUUCAGAGGGCAAACAAGUGAUAAAAUUUGGCAGUAUGAGUAAUUGCGGUUGAGUUUGUUUAUUCUAACAAAACAAGACAAUGAUUUCAUUGUCAUGCAAAAUGUACAUAUCGAGUUUUCGCAAGAUUUACGUCAUAUUCACUGUUUGCCAUGAGGACAUCUACCACUCCUUUUUUGCAUGCAAAAAAGUAACAAUGAUCACUGUCACCCAUAUUUUGACAUUAUUCUCUUUAAGAUGACAAGGUUGUCAUUGCCUGUUGUCUAGGAUAAACAAACUCAACCUUGAUUUCUUGCAUUGGCAAUUUCUUUAACUUGUUUGCCCCUGAGAAACCACGUGAUAUCGCUUUUAUCUCAUCAGUCCUUAAGUGCAUGCAAAGAUGGCAGGUAUCAUGAAUAAUGUCUAUUCAUUCCACCAUAAGCACUAUGGCCCAUAGUAAGUAAAGGCAAGUUAAGGCUGGUUUUCACUAGUAGCACUGUCAGAGUCAGGGUUGUAAUCAGUUGCACUGAUUAUUCCACUGCGACCAUGUCACUUACCAUCAAGCAAAAAAAAACUAGGUUGUCGGAGUAGAAAACAGAAGCAGAAGAACAGAGCCAAUCAAGUGUGGGAACAUGCCUUGUGACUGGUUUAUCCUUCUUCUGCUUGUGCUUGUGCUUCUAACUCUGACAAUCUGAUUUUCACUAAAUCUUAAAGAAUUGAGUCAUAAGCGGGGUCAGAAGAAAUUUGAGACUUUUUGAUUCUUUGUACAGCCAUUCUGUCAUGCCUUUACCUCUGUUUAUAAAUUACUCUGAUUUUUCAUGAGGUCAUAAACUCUCUUGCAACUCUGCUUGCAACUCCAUUGCUGGUGAAAUUGAGCCUUUAUUAAAAUGGAAAAAAAAAACAAAAAUUCAUGGCAAUUAUGUCUUUAUACAGGAUGAACAGCUUACUAUUGUAGUAGUGCCUGGGAUUGCUAACUGCACUGAGACGAAAUAUGUCCGUACUUUUACUGGCUAUGCCAUGCAACAUGGUUUUAAAGUAGCAGUCUUGAAUCAUCUUGGAGCCAAGAAGAAGGAAAGCUUGUCAACGCCCAGGAUUUUUACUUAUGGUAAUUGAAAGGCAUUUAUGCCUUGCUUUGCUCUUCUUCUUAUAACACUAAAAUCAACCCUUUCACUUGCAGAGUAAGUCAUCGAUAGAGUCCUAAAAGGUGGCUCUAUAACAAAAAAAUCUAAUCUCUAAUCCAAUUAUUAGCAGUACCCCCAUGCAACUAAAGAUAUCAUUACCCCACCCCUCUCAUCCACUUACCCUACCCUUCUUACCUGACCAUUCUACAGUACCCUCUAAUCCGAUUAUAAGUAGUACCCCACUCCACCCCCAUGCAACUUAAGUUAUCAUUACCCCACCCCUCUCAUCUACUUGCCCUACCCUUCUUACCUGACCAAACUACAUCACCCUCUAAUCCAAUUAUUAGUAGUAUCCCACUCCACCACCAUGCAACUAAAGUUAUCAAAAAUUAACAAGACUCUUUCCCUUCAGGUGGAACUGAAGAGCUUGCUGCUGUAGUGAACCAUCUUACCACUGUUCUCAAUCACAAACGACUCAUUGGUGUUGGAUUUUCCAUGGGUGCCAAUAUUCUUAUUAAAUACCUUGGUGAGGAGGCACCCAGGCAGGAGUGUUUUGAGUGUGGAAUCUCUGUUUGCCAAGGAUAUGAUAUUUUAAGGUACCAGAUGGCAUUCUUCCUUACUGUACAGCCUUUUUAUCAAACUGUGUGAAGCUAGGAAUUAAUGUAUAUUUACAGAUUUAUAAUUUAUGGAUAAGUAAGUUACUUAAAAAUAUCAUUGUAAGGUAGGUUUCUCCGUGGUGGAUAACUGGUGACUAAACUUGCAUGUGGCUCAUUAGCCCUUUUAUCCUCCUUAUUACAUAAAUUUUGAUGCCAUCCUCUUAUAUUUAUAACUGAGAAGCAGCACGGUAAAAGUAAAUCCAUUUGCUACUUAACUACAGUCAAACCUCUUCUUAUGGACAUCUCUGUAAUACAGACACCUCUCUAUCGUGGACAGUUCUCACUUGAUCUUUAACAUGCCAAACUUUAUACAAUCCCUACCUCUAUAAUGUAGACACCUUAAUGAUGUGGACACGUGGGUGUGUCUCCAAUUCCAUAAUACAGAAACCUCCGUAUAUGGAUAGUUUUUCAGUCCCAAAGAUACAGACAAUUCCUACUUCUAUAAUGCAGACACCUCAAUGAUAUGGACUCUUGGGUGUUUCCCCCUUCUAUAAUACAGACACAUCCUUAAAAAAAAGGUUGAGUUUGAUCGUCCGGGUGAACGUAGUCCUGAAUAGGACUGUUGUUGUUGACAGUGACUGACUUCCUUACUUGAACAUUUUUUCGAUCAAAAAGAUACAUGCAAUUCCUGCCUCUAUAAUGCAGACAACUUAAUGACAUAGACUCUUGGGUGUGUCUCCCUUUCUGUAAUACAGACACCUCGCUAUGAUGACAGUUUUUUGGUCCCAAAGAUACAUACAAUUCUUGCCUCUAUAAUGCAGACACCUCCAUAAUGUGGACACUUGAGCAAGUCUCCCCAUCGGUAGUACAGACACUUCCCUAUACUGGACAGUUCUUUUUAUCCUAAAGAUACUAAACUUCAUACAAUCUCCACCACUAUAAUGCAGACACCUUCAGGAUGUAGACACUUUAGCAUGGCUCCCCACUUAUAAUACAGGCCCCACCCAGACAGUUCUUUUCAUCCCAAAGAUACUGAACUUCAUACAGUCCCUACCUCUAUAAUGCAGACACCUAAUUCUGUGAUGUGGACACCUAGGUGUAUCUCCCUUUCCAUAAUAUGAACACUUCCCAAGCACAGCUCUUUGAUCCCAAUACUGUCAAACCUCUUUAACACAGACACCAAAGGGACAGAACCAAGUGUCCACUUUACAAAGGUGUCCGUAUUAUAGAGGUAGGGAAUGUAUGAUUUUUAGCAUUUCUGGGACCAGACGAACUGUCCGUAAUACAGAGGUGUCCGUAAGGAGAGAUUAGACUGUAUUACUAAACCUAAUACAAUCCCUACCUCUACAACACAGACACCACUGUAAAGUGGACGCUUGGAUCUGUCCUUUUAGUUUUCAUAUAAAGAAGGUUUCACCGCAUUUGUUUGUUUGUUUUUUUCUGUUCAGGGCAAAGAGUCUUCUUCAAGACUGGGGUGGGCUUCGCCGAUUUUACAACUGGGGAAUGACACAGACUAUGAAGAAAGUUAUUGAUCGGCAUGUGAAGGUGUUGUUCCAUGGCCCUAACUUCACUUCCCCUAUGCACAAGUCAUCCAUUCAUCAUGUGCGGUCAUCGUCUUCCCUUGAUGAACUUGAUGAUGUCUUUAUUAAGUACGUGGUUUGCUUGCUUUUUUUUUUCUUGAAAAAUCAACAAAUCAGAAAACUACCAGAACUAGCUUAAAAAGAUCUUUUUGAAAUCUUCCAGAGGAAUGUGAAUAUAAACGUUGCCAUUAUGUGAUGAACCUAGGCGGUCGAAAAAAAAUCUGUAUGUAAUUCAGGAUUGACCGGAAUUUGAACUCCGAGCUUUGCUAUGGUCUAAUAACGAUGUCCUUUAUUUACCCUCGGAAGUCUUUACAGCACUGAUGCUAGUGGGGCCGAGAAAAUGCCUGAAACAAGUUACUAAAAUCAAACUUGAUAAAGUUCAGAAUCCCACCUGGCCGGGUGCAAAGCACUUGGCUAUUUACAAGCGUCGUCGAGGAUUUGAAAUCAGGGCUACUGAGAACAAAUCCAGCUAGCGGUUAGGGCAGGACUUGAACUACAAGUCCAACGCUGUAACCCGCUCAGCCACGCUGCCUCACUGAUCUUAUUGGAGAGAGGGAAAAAAACUGUGUGUUCGUAAUAAACCCAAUGAGACAACUUUUAAGUUUCUUUUAAAAAGUGAAUUUGAAUAUACGAAUGUAAGAGCUUAGUAACCCUCCCCUCUUCUGAACCUCCAUGAGACCGGGCUCAGAGGAGUAUCCGCGGAAAAAAGAAGAUUUUAGGAAAAAAUGAAGAAGAUUUUAAAAAAUGCCUCACGUACUUCUACGCCUAUGGUCACUUCUCAGUAGAUUCUCAACGCCAACGCCCUUUGUAGAGAAGGUAGAAGGCCUCAGGCGUUCCUAUCGUAGGGAGUGGCGCGAAAUGAGGAUUGGAGCGAAAAAAUGGAAAUGUGGAAAGAAUGAAAGAAGAGUGAGGGAACCCUUGAUCGCCGCUGUCCCCAGUCCCCUCUCUGUUUUCCCUCGAAUUCUCUACUUCGCGCCGUUUUUAGCGUGCUAGCAAGCUCUCUAUGGCGCCACGCCGCUUUCUUCUCUUUGAGCGCCUGAAACAGGCUACGUAGAAGCAAGUCUUCAGGCCUCAUCUCAUAGAUCAGUUAUUUUGUUACAGCAAACAUUGUUCUAAUCCAGUUGCUUUUAUUAUGAUCCAGAAAAAUGGCAGGAUUUAACCAUUUGGACGAGUUUUAUGCAGUGAACAGUUCAUGCAACUAUAUCAACCAGGUAACGUCAAACUGCGUGAGCUUAUCGUAAAUAAGUUUCUUCAAGUGACUAAACUUUGGAACUUGCGCGUUUGCAAGCUGACCUAACUUCAACUGUGUGAGCAUGACAUUCCGCCUAACGUUCGUUCUAAGAUAAACUCUUUCGUCCCAUCCAAAGGUACGGAAAAACGGUCAGCAAAAAAUGUGCAACUUGUCUUGCAACAUUGCCGCAAAACGAGUUGAAUAGCGAUGUUGCGCGUUUUACCACCCACGUUCAAACCUGUUAACACCCUGAUUUUUUGCAAGACGGGUUUGAUGUGGGCGGUAAAUGCGCACUUCGCUAUUCAAAUCGUUUUGCAGCAAUGUUGCAAGACAAGUUGCACGUUUUUUGUUGCCCGUUUUUCCGUACCUUAAGGGAAUCCAAGACAGUCUUGGAUUCUGGAUUGCAUACUGUAGAUUCCGGGAGAUUCCAGUUUUUGACGCUAGAACUUGGAUUCCGGAUUCCAAUCGUUAGUGGGAUCAUGUGGAUUCCUUGGAUGGGAUUCCGGUUUCCAAAACCCAGGAUUCCGGAUUCCACAAGCAAAAAUUUCCAGGAUUCUGGAAUCCGCAUUCCCUUACAUGGGGCGAAACUCUUGAUGGUUACAGUUGUUUUCUUGGUGACCGGUCAUUUCGCCUAUGAGUCGUUUCGCUAACGUCUUAUGUCGUUCCGCUAAGAGGAGAAACGAGCGCUGCGCCUGUAUAUGCUUCGUUCUCUCAGCCUUGAUCAGGCGAUAACAGUUAGCAGAGUUAGGGAACUGAGCCAACAAGUACGCGAAAGGACUUCAGAAGUUGGCGAAGAGGACGUUGGCUAAACGACUCGUAAGUGAAACGACCGUAGAUCGUUUUCUUUUUCGACCUCAUUGAUUCAUUUCUCGGCAGAUAAAGAUUCCAGUGCUUUUGUUAAAUGCCUUAGAUGAUCCUUUGGUACCAGAAGAACUAUUUGUUACUCCACAUAAUCACGUCAGUAAGUAUCGUUAGGUAGGAGACAAGGUAGAGCUCUCAAUGAUGUUCAUACUCAUGUUAAAAGUGAGCAACAGAAAGUUAAUUUACAAUAUGUAAAUAUGCGAGCAAGUGUAGUGCCCUGGAUAGACAUUCUCAUUCACUGCAACUGUUUGCAAUGACUGACUGAAUGAAUGACUGUCGGACUGACUGUCUGACUGACUGACAGUCCGAUUGACCAACUGACCAACUGACUGACUGACUGACUGACUGACUGACUAAAUGACUGAAGCGCUGUUAGGAAAGCUUACGUCUCCGUUGGUCAAAUGUGCUCUGACCAGGUGGCGUCUCAAAUGCGGAGAAAGUAUUUGCCCCUGUCGGUAAGACUCAAUAUUUUAUAAGUGAAAAUGUGUAUUCUUAGACGCAGUUAAAACCUCGAAGUUUUCAUGUGCCGAACCUAAUUCCUUCAAUUAAGUACAUGAAGAGAUCGGCGUUUGAAUCAAUUAAGUCCGACAUGUCUAAUUUGCUUCGACAAUGAAUUAAGAUCGAGUGGCCCACAUGGGAAUUUCGACUGCGGAACGACUUCGUUUCAAACGUCGAACUUCUCAUGUGCCGAACCUAAUGCAUAAAUUACUAAAAUUUAUUUUCACUUGUAAGCAUUUUAGACCAUUGAACAUCGUGAAAAUGAAUUGAGUCCGACUAAUUAGGUUCGACGUCUGAAUCAACCGCCGAACUUGUGUCAUUUGGGUCGACCUAAUAGGCCAUUUCCGAGUUCCAAAAUCUCUUGUUGUGAAAAUGAGUUUUAAUUAUGAUGCAAAUAAAACUCAUUUUCACAACAAAGGUUUCGCACUUAGCCUCGUUUUGAAAGUGAGAUUUUUUGGAACUCGGAAAUGGCCUAUUCGAUAUUAAGUUCGGUACAUGAACAGAUCGAUGUUUGAACUGAGCCUUAGCGCUUUCACUGUGGUAAAAAUCUGUUCGUCAUGUUUGUAUUUUUUUAGAAUGCAACGAAUCAGCGCUUUUCGUCGUGACCUAUCAUGGCGGCCAUCUUGGAUUUUACGAGGGCGGGGUUCUUGACGUUUCACCUCUUAGUUGGAUGGAUAAAGCUUUAAUUCAGUACAUCAAGGCGGUAAUUAAAGUAAAACGAUCCAGCAAAGACUGCUCUUCAUCCAGCGAAAGAAAUGAUUGUGUAAUUGCUUCCUGAUAACCUCAUUCACAAGGAAUUGAGGCUAUGACCUCAUGAGUCACGUGAGGGCGAAUUUACCGAAGGCUCUGUUCACACUAAUGCGUUUUCGUUGUCAUCGAAAACACGUCGAUCGAUUCGCGUCGACACCACCGUUUUGAUGCGUUUUCGACUGUCCACACUAAGAGGCAUAGAAUCGCACGUUGUGACGCAAGUUGAACUCUAUGCGCACGCUAGAAACACACGCGCCUGCGAUAUUUUACAACCCACCUGAUACAUAUGACGUCAUCUUUUUCAUUUUGAUGCUUUCUCGACAGUUUUCGACCUGGUUUUCGACAGUUGACACUAAUACGAUAUGAACGCGUUUUCGUUUUGAUCCCCUUUCAAGAGUGUUUUCAAAUUGAUGCGCUUCUGAUGAAAACGCUCAGCGUAUUAGUGUGGACAGAAGGCCUAAACGCAUCGAAAUGUAUGCGUUUUAAUAAAACACAUUAGUGUGGACGAGGCUUAAGCUCUUAGCCUCUGUACGACGGACGUCGAUUUCAUCGCGCUUUUUCCAUAAAAUCGUCUAUGUUUCAGGCGAGAUCGGCGCUUAUCAAGAAUUGCUUUGCGAGCUCUGUGGCAACUAUAGCAACGAUGGAAACGAGAAAAUAAGCAAAACAAAAACUCUAAACGUGCAGCACACAUUUUAGCAAGUUUCUUUGCCGUCAUUGCACUGACUUACGUUUUCAAACUUGAUUGAAAAGACCACGGCGAUCGUCGCUUCAUCAGUGGCGAUCGUCGUGACUUCUAUUUCGUCGGAAACACCCAUACAGGGGCUCAGCUCUUCAGUUAGCGGCAUCAAGAGAUGGUAAUAAUAGGAUCCGUCUCUUUCCCCCACGCAAGUUGUUAAAACUUGUUGUCUUUUAGAUUUGUAUUCUUAAAAUUGUUCACAAUAAUAAAAUUUGGCCGCAGGGUUACUCUGCCAAAAUUGGGCAGAGACAAUUAUUUAGAAAUUUUUUUUUUGUAAAAUGUUGAAAACAAUUAGAACAAGGAGUAUUUCUGCCCGCCCCACAAUCUUAGAGGUAAAAGGUGACUGGUUGCCGUUUACAACGCAAAAGAAUUAAGGGUGACUUAAUUUCAUGACAGUGAAGCAUUUUAUAGUCGUCUAAACAGAUUUCUUGUCAUCCUCACCUAUAUUUUUAACACGCGCGCACCAAGCAAAUUGUAUUUAAAUUGAAAGGGAUGAUUAGUUUUGAUAAAACAUUGUGUAGAUGUAAACUAACAUAUAAUAUAAGUUUUCAAAGAGUAUUUUAAAUAGUUAGACAAAGUAAGGUGACUGUUUAGCGAGAGUAACCGCUGUCCCCUCUGCGGUAAAUCUUAGGCGAUGACUUUACGAAUCCGGAAAAUUUUUGAAAACGCAUUUUUGAAAACGCAAGGAUUCCUUGCACAAGGCAGUAUUUUUACAUUAAUCACAUGUACAGUAAAAGUUCCCAUUAUAAUGUAUCUAAAUAAGUGACUAUUACAAAAUCGCACCAUAUUUAGCCUGAGAAAAUGCAUG